GAGAUGUAGGAUAUUGCUUCGGAACUGGGAAAGGAACUCAUCAAAAUGAAGAGAAAGCAUUUUCCUGGUAUCUUCGAGGAGCCGAAAAUGACCACGUGCUUAGUCAAAGCACGAUUGGUGUACGAUAUUUGAGGGGAAUUGGAACGCCGAAAGAUAUUAUGAAAGGAAUCUAUUGGUUUAACUUGGCUAAAGAAAAUGGCGACAAAGAUGCCGAGGAAAACCUCGCCCUGAUAGCCAAUAUCAUUAUAUAA